AUGUGGCUGCUGGACUGGAUCGUCUCGCUCAACUCCGCGGUGGUGAAGCUCGCCAGCGGCCUGAGGUGCAAUCCGCUGGGGAGGCCCCAGCAGACCGACUCCCCCCUCCCAGAGACAGACGAGAUCCUGGGCUCAGAUGACGAGGAGCAGGAGGACCCCAAUGACUACUGCAAGGGUGGCUAUCACCACGUGAAGAUCGGUGACCUGUUUAACGGACGCUACCAUGUGAUCCGGAAGCUUGGCUGGGGUCACUUCUCCACUGUGUGGUUGGCCUGGGACGUCCAGGGUAAGCGGUUCGUGGCCAUGAAGGUGGUGAAAAGUGCAGAGCACUACACAGAGACGGCUCUGGAUGAGAUCAAACUGCUGCGCGCAGUGCGGAACAGUGACCUCGGCGACCCCUGCAGAGAGAAAGUGGUGCAGCUUCUGGACGACUUCAAGAUCUCCGGCGUCAAUGGCACCCAUGUGUGUAUGGUGUUUGAAGUCCUCGGCCACCACCUGCUUAAGUGGAUCAUUAAGUCCAAUUACCAAGGUCUGCCUCUAGCCUGUGUGAAGAGCAUCAUCCGACAGGUUCUGCAGGGUCUGGACUACCUGCACAAUAAGUGUAAGAUCAUCCACACGGACAUCAAGCCAGAGAACAUCCUGCUGAGCGUCAACGAGCCGUACGUCCGGCGACUGGCUGCAGAGGCCAGCGAGUGGCAGCGCACAGGAGGACCGCCUCCAUCAGGGUCCGCAGUGAGUACAGCUCCGGCUCAAAAACAACCCCAGAAGAUGUCUAAGAACAGGAAGAAGAAGCUGAAGAAGAAGCAGAAGAAGCAGGCUGAGCUGCUGGAGAAGCGCAACCUGGAGCUGGGCGAUGGACAGCGCCCCCUAGAGGCCGGAGACGACGAGGAAGAGGACGAGGACACGGACGCGCCCGACAGAGCGCCGUCUGCCACACCCUCCAACCAGCACACCUUACACACACCCAGCAGGGAGUGUGUGAGCGAGGUUUGGAACCAGCAGAACGAGCCGGAGUGUGCGAUGGACGUCACCUGCAACGGGCACGUCGGGGAGAACCUGAAAGAGAGCACCCACAUGCAGGGGCACACGCCCGAUGCAGAGGACGACGAAGAAGAACCUCAGAAUCCGUACGCCGACAACUGCAGCACCACCACGGAGACCCAGCCAAGCCCCGCCUACCUGCCCUGCAACGACAGUGCACCCGUCGCCAUGGCGAUGCCCGGCGAGGCUGGCGAGCAGGCGUGUGGAGGCGGCACAGACGGUAACGGGCCUUCAGUGAUUGGUUCAGUAGAGGGGCGGGCAAACAGGGCACCGCAGGAGGAGGAGGAGAGGAAGCAGGAAGUAGAGGACAGGAAACAGGAAGCCCUCUGCGGGGAGGCGGAUGGCACCGCGGAACAGGAGGAGGACCCUGCUAAGGUGCCGCCCGGCUGUCUGUUGUUGAACCCUCUGGACCCUCUGAAUGCAGAUCAAAUCCAGGUGAAGAUAGCUGACCUAGGCAACGCCUGUUGGGUGCACAAGCACUUCACCGACGACAUCCAGACGCGGCAGUACCGGUGUCUGGAGGUCCUGAUCGGAUCGGGCUACGGCACACCUGCGGACAUCUGGAGCACCGCCUGCAUGGCAUUUGAGUUGGCGACAGGAGACUACCUGUUCGAGCCUCACUCUGGGGAGGACUACUCUCGAGAUGAAGAUCACAUCGCUCUGAUCAUUGAGCUCCUGGGGAAGAUUCCACGCAAACUCAUCCUGAAUGGCAAAUAUUCCAAAGAGUUCUUCAACAAGAAAGGUGAGCUAAGGCACAUCAGUAAGCUGAAGCCUUGGGGUCUGCUGUGUGUGUUGCUGGAGAAGUACGAGUGGCCGAGGGAGGAAGCCCAGAGCUUCACCAGCUUCCUGCUGCCCAUGCUGGACCUGGUGCCCGAGAAGCGCGCCUCUGCCGCCGAGUGUCUGCGCCACCCUUGGCUCGCCUCCUAGUGGCCGGAGGCCAACACUGCACAACGCAACCACAAACCUGCAGUCUGACCCUCGCACACCGGGGUGCUGACCUGCACAUCAUAUCCAAGCACAGACAGGCACACACAUGCCCGCGCUCACACACACACACACGCACACACACACACACACACACACACACACACACGUAACUGACUGCCAUGUCUGCUUUCAGUAACCGUGAUAUAAACAGAUGGUGACUGCGCCAAACUUGAGGUCCAACUAAUCAGAUUUAAUAUCUAUUUAUUUCUGAUGUUUUCUUUUAUUCUGUUUGUUUGUUUGUUUGUUUGUGUUGUUUAAUGGAGUUUACUUGACUUGCAGCUCUUAGUCUGUGUUGGCUUCUAUUGUGUUGAGUCUGUACCUGCGGUCUGAAGGCGCGGCACACGCCCAAGAGGCCCGACAAACAAACGCGCUUUUGACCGCUCACCGCAUCAGUGAUGCCCAAGAGGCUCUACAGUCGUGCUUUUCUCCGUUCGCUGCGUCCGUGAUUCUCAAGAGGCCCUACAAACAAACGUGCUUUUCUUCGUUCGUUAGUGCGUUAGUGAUGCCCUUUUUCAGCAUCGCCUGGCUCUCUCUCUUCCUUCUUUGUUUUCUCCUGGGCUCUAUGAUCAGCACCUUCGGAUACCAUCAUCAUCAUCAUCAUCAUCAAUCAUCAUCAUUAUGAUCGUUAUCAUCAGUCGUGUUUCUGGUCAUCACAGGGCAGGUUUGAUUCCUGGGGAGACUGGCUAUAAAAACAUAACUAAAUAAAAAAUAAUAAUAGUAGUAGUCUGAGACUCAUGAAUGAAGAAUCUCCCAGGAGAAUGCAGACCUCAUUUGAGCCAUGAAGUGGCCUCUUGAAACCCAGAAAAGGGAGAGGGAGUGUGUGUGUGUGUGUGAGAGUGAACUGGACUGAAUGACGUUCCUCCUCACUGAGAUGUGAGUGGCCACUUAAAGCACUGAAAGAAGCAGCACUUCACUCCUCAUGCCUUUCUCUCCUUCCCUCUCCCUGUCUCACUUUCUCUCUCCCCCUCCCUCUCUCUCUCUCCCUCUGUCUGUCUCUCUCUCUCUCUCGCGCGCGGAUCAUUAGACCACUCUCAGUAUCCACACCAGCAUGGCUCACUGGUCGUUAACUCGCCCUCCCUGCAACAAUGUGAAUAGUGAAUUAUCUCGUUUUUUUUUUUAUUCCGUUUGGUUUCGUUGUUUGUUUUCCUGGCUCAGCUGCCAGCCGCCUGUGUUAUAAUAUCAUGACUAAAACCACGCACCGUUGUACAUAGUCGUACCAAAGAGAUGGCCUUUAUUUUCAGCGGUGUAGAAUAUCAGCAGCGCACAGUAACAGUUCUGGGAGCUCACGCCAAGAGAGCACGGGCGAGGGGAGACCGCAGUCGGACGGUCACCGAGGCAGAGAGACCGCAGUCGUACAGUCACCGGGCGGGUCUGUUGCGGACGUGGGAGCAGCUCUGCUCCUUUCGUGUGGCCUUGCCUUGUAUCUGUGAGGAGGGGUUUUUUUCUAGACUUUUCUCCGCUUUUCUAAAUGUUCUUUUCAGACCAGCGUGGCUGCACUCUGUGAUGAGUGCGGAUCUGAAGUGCAGUACGUUAGAGGAAACACAGAGGAUGGACUUUAAAAAAAAAAACAAAAAAACAAACAAGUUUAAAAAAUGCCUGCCGGAUGCUUGCUUUUGCUCUCUGUCCCUUUCUAAACGUCCCUUUUCCUUUCUCGACUCCUCUUCGCCGCCUUUGAUAGUCCACUGCUCUGUUAAAAAGAACUAGAACCUUUUAUGUUGUUACCGCAAAUAAAGACUUUGAAAUGGC